CGGGGAUAUCUCAAAGCUGUUUACAGCCCAUUAGCGCAUCAAAUAAAACAACCCAGAAUGAAAUGAAUCCAAGCUUCCGGGAAAAUAUUUCAGAUUCUUCUCUAAGUGACAUUUCGCUUUCCCCAUUAUUAUUUUUUACCUAUUGCUUAAUUUAUAGAGCUUGUCCCAUAGCGGAAGGACUCUAAAGGCCAGUGUGGCGUAAUGGUUAGAGUGACGGGCGAGGGCCUGGGAGAUAGGGGUUCGAAUCUCCACUCCCGUUAUGAAGCUCAAUGGAAUUUGUGGGAAAGCUUAAUUAAUGUUUACAGACCCAAGUAGUCUUAAAAUGCCUACCAUGAUUCUGCUCUCCGGCUGCUGAUGCCAGCGCAUCCUCGGUUGCCAUGACAACGGGCGACUGCUGCCACCUCCCGGGCUCGCUGUGUGACUGUCCGGGCAGCGCCGCGUUGUCCAAGUCGGUGGAAGAUUCCGACUUUGGGCGUCCUCAGUACGUCACCCAAGUCACGGCCAAGGACGGACGGCUGCUCUCGACAGUCAUCAAAGCCCUGGGGACGCAGAGCGAUGGCCCGAUCUGUCGAAUCUGCCACGAAGGCGGAAGCGGAGAAGGCCUGCUCUCGCCCUGCGAUUGCACGGGCACCUUGGGGACCAUCCACAAGAGCUGCCUGGAGAAGUGGCUUUCCUCCUCCAACACGAGCUACUGCGAACUGUGCCACACCGAGUUUGUCGUGGAGCGGCGGCCCAGGCCCCUGAUCGAGUGGCUGAAGGACCCCGGCCCACGCAACGAGAAACGGACGCUGUUCUGCGACAUGGUGUGUUUCUUUUUCAUCACCCCACUGGCUGCCAUCUCUGGCUGGCUUUGCCUCCGCGGUGCCCAAGACCACCUGCAGUUCAAUAGCCGCCUGGAGGCCAUCGGCCUGAUUGCCCUGACCAUAGCACUUUUUACCAUCUAUGUCCUUUGGACACUGGUUUCAUUCCGCUACCAUUGCCAGCUGUACUCCGAGUGGCGAAGGACCAAUCAGAAAGUCCGCCUGAUGAUCCCGGACUCGAGGAACCCGCGCCCUGUCUCGCACUCGCUGCUCUCCACCAAGCUCCUGAAGAAGAAGGCCGACGAGACGACCGUAUGAGCCAGGAGCGGCCCUCCGUAGGCGAGGGGGGCCCUUCCCUCGCACGGGGCGGGGGGCGGGGAGGAGGGAGAGAGAGAGGGGAGAGCGGGAUAGCACUUUCUCCCGCCCACAGCGGCAAAAGACUCGCCUAAACAAUCAGCCUGACCAAAGGGGGAAUCUUGCCACUUGCCCCGUUCCGCUGCGGCGAGAACACAGAUCGACAACCGAGCCCCCAGGGGUGUGUGCAAUGAGCCUGGCUGGCGGUGGGCCCUGAGCGCCCGCCGGCCAGACUCCGUCUUCGAGACGAAACCUAGCAGAGGAGAAAGAGAGUCUCUCCCUAUAUCCAUAUAUCUAUAUUAUAUUACCAUAAUUAUUGUUGUUAUUAUUAUAAUUUUGUCACUCUUCUUAA